CGAAACCUAUCCUUUGGAUGGGGAACGACGAGGGAGUCGUGGCCCAGGACACCGCCUCUCAGGAGGUCCAAUCCUGGGACCGCCAUGGCAAAAACAAAGAAAGGCCCCGGACCUCCGCCCUCGAGAGACUCGGAGGGGCGCAAGACCGCUGAGGGGUCCAAGACCGUCUCGAGGGGAAGGCGUUCCAAAGACCUCAAGAAAGUGGUGGAUCCGUCUCCAGGGCAGACGAAAGACGUCCUGCUCAGGACAAAGGCAAUGCACCACUCCAUGCCGAUGACGCGAGACAUCAAAUCAAUCAGGCCCACUCGGCUCGUGUUCGUUCGCAGGGGGCGGAGGCCCUCCCGAAGGAUCCCGAGGACGAGAUCAUUGUGGCCCUCCAGCGCCGGCUUGAUAAGAUGCAGGCCCAUCGAGCACAUACCGCCGUCACCACCCCUCAUGCAGAUCCCAAAUAUGAGGCCAUGAUGGCCAAAAUGGAGGAGAUGCAAAAGAGAAUAACCGAGGGCUCCGGGGAACCCGUUAUCCAACUCCGGACUAGGAUGCCAUUUACCCCAAGGGUAUUGGCGGCCCGAAUUCCGUAAAAAUAUCGGGGGCAACCCAUCAGGCCCUAUGAGGGAAAAACAGACCCCAGGAGCAUUACAGCCGAUACCAAAGCAGUAUGAUGAUGGUGGGGGCAUCGGACGAAUAUUUGUGCUGUUAGUUCCUUUCCACCUUAGAGAGACCAACGUACGAAUGGUUCAACCGAUUGCCUGAAGGCUACAUCGAUUCAUGGCAAGAACUCGCCCAACGCUUCUUGACGCAAUUUGCAGGGAUACGCCGGUCAAGGAAACACUUCUCCCACUUACUAACGGUAAGACAAAGGAAUGAGGAGAGCCUUCGGGACUUCUUGGAACGCUGGAGGACGGAGGCGGAUAAAGUUGAUGACGCUGACGACGGGACCCUCCUGGCUCUCCUUGAAACAGUUCUCCGCCCCGGGAACUUCUUAAGGAGCCUCAUCAUUGAACCUCCCCGCGAUUACAUAAGGGCCCUGCAGUGGGGGGACCGGUACGCCGAGGCCGAGGAGGUAGAAAAGUGCCAUCACAACCCUGAUUAGCAACGCCCUCGGCCAGAUGACAAAGGCAACCGGGGGGUCGGGGGCUCCCCCAAAUCAACCCAAGGUUGCGGCACUCCCCAGUGAUCGCCUCCGGCAUGGCCAAGCCAAGCCCGGGGGAGGUUACAAGGGAAACCCGAAGGCUUGGGCCCAGCCCAUUCUCUUGGAGCACCCUCGGACUCCCUUGACACACCCCGUCAGUGUCAUCCUAGACUUCGCCGAGGAGAGAGGCCUUGUGGAGCGCAACUCUCACGCACCCCUGGAGGUAUACGCCAUCAACCCCAAUUAUCCUUACUGUCGGUUCCAUCGCAACCAAGGGCACAGUACCGACGACUGCCAUCAGCUGAAGACGGCCAUUGAAAGGUUGAUACAGGCAGGCCACAUGUCCCAAUUCAUCAGAGGCCCUCCGCCUCAGGGGACCCCUCACUACCAGGGCCCCCCUAAGAAAGCAAAUGUUUGGGUCAACCCAAACACCAUCCCCCUCGGCGACCCGAUGGGUAAGAAAAGGGAGAUUGGAAACCUCGAUGAGUGGAGGAGUACAGCCAGUACCAGGAGAAGAAGCGCCACAUCCAUAUGAUCACUGGAGGUAACACAGGGGGGACUCCACCAGCCAGCGGAAGAAGUGGGCUCAAUCGCUAUACGUGGGGGAAGUCACUCAUAUGCCCCCGGUAAAGCGGCUGAGGGAGGAGCCCAUCACAUUCACAAACGCCGAUCUCCCCCCUGCUUUCUCUCUACACAGGGAUGCCCUCGUCAUUCGUACGGAGAUCAAUGACACUAUCAUCCACAGAACUUACGUUGAUACGGGUAGCUCCGUCAACGUAAUGUACCUCAGCACUUUCAAGGAGCUACACCUAGAGAGGGAGUCCCUUCGGCCCAUAAAGACCCCUCUUGCCGGCUUCACCGGAGACACCAUUGAUUCCGAGGGGUCAUAACCCUCCCGGUACUAUUCGGCGACGGGUUCCAUAAAUCCAAGCUCGAAGUGGAGUUCGUCGUCGUCAACAUCGACUGCGCCCACAACAUCAUCCUCGGCAGACCAGCCCUUGAGGACCUCGAAGCCAUCAUCUCCAUGAGGCAUCUGUGCCUCAAGUUCCCCGCCGAAGGAUGCAUCGGUUACUCAAGGGGGAACCAAAAACUUGCCCACACUUGCUACCUUCAAGUGACGAAGAAGGUCAGUAAGACCGAGUUCCGUGUUGACACCAUCACCGGAACCGUGGAGAAGGAAGAGAAGAGGCCGAGGGCAGAACCCGCCGAGGAAGUAGAAGACUUUGUGCUCGACCCGGCCAAGCCGGAGAGAGUAUUGAAGAUUGGAGCCAAGCUCCCUGAAGACCUGAAGACCGGCAUAACUGAAGCUCUCCGCGCCUACUCCAUUGUUUUUGCAUGGGGGCCGGAGGACAUGCCCGGAAUCAGCCGAAGGGUCAUCACCCAGCGCCUCUCGGUGGACCCUUCGGUCAAACCUGUACAACAGCGAAGAAGGCCCCUCUUGGCCGAAAGGAGGGAUUUUGUGAAAAAGGAGGUUGCCACGCUCCUCUCCAUCAAGCACAUCAAGGAGGUGAGAUACCCCUCAUGGCUGGCGAACGUAGUCCUCGCACAGAAACCACCCACCUUCCGCAUGUGCGUGGAUUACACGGAUCUCAAUAAGGCGUGCCCUAUGGACUCCUUCCCUCUGUCAAAUAUUGAUCAAUUGGUGGAUGAAACGGCGGGGUGCAAGAUCAUGUCAUUCCUCGACGCCUUCCGCUGAUAUCACCAAAUUUUCAUGCAUGAGGAAGACGCUGAAAAAACAGCCUUCAUGACUCCCGAAGGCAUCUUCUGCUACCUGGUCAUGGCCUUCGGUCUGAAAAAUUCCGGCGCCACUUACACCCGGAUGGUGGCCAGGGUCUUUCAAGCCGUCCCGGGGCGCACCAUGGAGGCCUAUCUUGAUGACAUGAUCGUCAAAAGCAAACAAUCAUCAACCCAUGCUGACGACCUCCGGGAGAUCUUCGCCAUCAUGCCAAAGUUUCACCUUCGGCUAAACCCGAAGAAAUGCACCUUCGGCGUGCAAGGAGGCAAAUUCUUAGGCUACAUGGUGAGCCGAAGGGGUAUCGAGGCCAACCCCGAGAAAAUCCAAGUCAUCAUCAACAUGGAGCCCCCACGCAACGUGAAAGAGGUCCAACGGUUGACGGGCCGCCUGACAGCCCUCAACCGCUUCCUAUCCAAAUCGGCGGAGAAGUCUUUACCCUUCUUCCACAUCAUGAGGAAGACCGCUGGCUUCCAAUGGACUUAAGAAUGUCAGGAGGCCUUCGACGAACUAAAACGGUAUUUAUCUUCACCCCCUGUGCUCUCCAAACCCAAGGUAGGGGAAAUUCUAUACCUUUACCUUGGUGUCAGCCUGGCUGCCAUCACCUCAGUGCUCAUCCGGGAGGAAGAUGGCGUCCAACAUGCCAUCUUCUAUGUUAGCAAGACCCCUAGGGAGGCCGAACUCAGGUACUCUCCUAUGGAAAAAACAGUGCUGGCCAUCGUCUGGACCGUCAAGAAACUAGGCCACUACUUCCAAGCUCAUCCGGUCCAGGUCCUCAC